UCUGAUUUAUAUUACCCUAUUGUGUUUGCCUUCUAAAUUAAAAUCUGUGGUUAUUUGCUGCAAGUGUAGCAGUGGAAGAAAACAUUGUAGUCAGAAUGGCAUUGCCUUCUUUUUGCAUCAAAAAAAGUGUGUACAAGAGCUCUGACUCUGUCUGAGUUCUUUCAGCUAGGGAAGUGCACAAAAAGUACACAUUAUUGUGACUAGUAUUAAAAAAUAAACUGAACUAUAAUUAAACAGAAUAAUAUUGUAGGAUUGUUGGUGAGAAGCAUCUUCAACCAUUGGUGAUUAAACAAAUAUUUGGCAUGUUUAUUUUUGAUUGAUUUAGAUGCAUUAGUUUAUUGUCAAAUAUUCAAAAGAAUAACAUUUGGCUGCUAUAUCCUCGUUGUAUUAAAACAGACCACUCACACAACUCAACAGAACCUAACGCGCUUGGAGUUCCACAAAUUACAGUUUUUGCUGAACAAAAUGCCACACACAAUAUGGCGGCGUGGCUUCAAGGGAGGUUGAUUUUGCUUUGUGAUUGGUUGACGCAUGGACGCUAAACUGAAGCCAUUUUAUAACGAGCCAAAAGGUGGCGGUAUUCGUUUCAGCUGUUAGCUGAAAAUUGUUAAAAGUAACGUCUUUUUUAUGCUACGUUGACUAUACGGCAGACAAGGUAUUUUCAGUGUUGUUUAAAUUUUAUUUCAGUGUAUUUCCUUUUUUUAAGUCAUUCAAACUUAGAUUUUUUUAAGGUAUUUUAUUGAAAUAUUUAGAACUAGUUUGCUUGGUUGCAACGGUUAACUUUAAAAACCCCGACUGCAUCUCGUCUCGUAUUUAUGAAGUUAAGAGCCAGAAAUAUAAAGAAAAGUAAAACGAAGGAGCAUAAUGAUAAGGUGUUUGCCAGUGGAGGUUCAGGGGAAAAUUCGCUCCGGUGUGGCCAUCCCGUCCCUCCAGCAGUGCGUGGAGGAGCUCAUUUUAAAUAGCAUCGAUGCUGGAGCCACCUGUGUGGGGGUCAGGAUGGACAUGGAGGCGUUUAAAGUCCAGGUGAUCGACAAUGGAUCUGGGAUGACUGUUGAGGACAUGGAGCUAGUUGGAACCAGAUACCACACAAGUAAAUGCAGCUGUAUUGAAGACCUAGAGAACCUGAAAUGUUAUGGCUUCAGAGGAGAAGCGUUGGCGAGCAUUGUUUCUUUAGCUACGCUUGUUGAAAUCUCCUCCCGGACCAGACUGUCAGUGAAAACACAUGUUAAACUGUUCAAGGAUGGACAAGGCAUGGAUGUCUUCGAAGAAGAGGCGGUUCGACCCUCCGCAGGGACGACUAUUAUCAUCUGUAACUUCUUCCACAACAUGCCAGUCCGGAGGAAGAGAGUGGAUGCAGUCCUGGAGGUGGAGAGGAUCAGACAAAGAGUGGAGGCUGUGUCCCUGAUGCAUCCUUCUGUCUCCUUCACCCUGAAGAAUGACUACACAGGGGUCAUGAUGGUGCAGCUUCCCAAAGCCAGAGACACCUACCACCGCUUUGUUCAGAUACACAACCUGACUCGGGCAGAGAAACUGGGAGAGAUCAGCCACACACACAAGCAGUUUGAGGUGACUGGUUACCUAGGCAAAGAGGGACACUACAACAACAGCCUGCAGUAUCUGUACGUCAACAACAGGCUUCUGCUGAAAACACGGAUCCACAAGCUGCUAAACUGUCUCCUCCGCAGGCUGAGCAGCUCCAACCAGAAGCAUGACAGCCCAGACGGGAUAUCUGUGACUCGGAGUCCAAAGCUUAAGCGAAACCAGGAUCAAUAUGGAGUCUACAUCAUCAAUAUAAAAUGUUCUUACUCUGAGUAUGAUAUUUGUCUUGAGCCAGCAAAAACUCUGGUGGAGUUCAAAGACUGGGAUGGGGUUUUGCUUUGCAUAGAAGAAGCAGUGAAGGUUUUUCUGAGGAGGGAAAACUUGGUCUCUCUGUUUUCUCAAGAGGACUUGGAAUGUGUGUCCCCUAAGGUUUUUAGUAUUGAAACAAUAGAUCAAAAAGUGGAAACUGAGACAGCUGGCCAAGGAGAUGUUGGCACUUCCACCCUGGACUGCGGCGUUGGAACGAAACUGGCAUCUAAUUUUGUUCAUCGUAGGAGAGCAGAUGACAGCGUUUGCCUCGAGUCAGACCUGAUUGAGAGCAAAGCUGAUGAAGCUCAACGAUAUAAACAGAUUGAUAUAGCUUUCAGUGAAUGUAAGGAGACACCACGACGUGAUCUGGAGCUUGCAUCAACUGAUGUAAACAAAGGCAAGCAAGCAUUCACCGAAGCCCCUGACAAUUUAGACAACCAAAAGAGACAAGACUGUGUAGACGAAGAAACCCAGCAGAGCACUAUUGAUUCACAUUUACCUAUCAGCCAAAUUCCAAUGUCUCAGCUUGAUUUGAACUUUAAUAAACAAAUAUUGCAGCACCCUAGCAGAAAGAUUAGAUUGUCUGACCCAUAUGUUCACCAAAGUCUCUCAAUUCAAGACGUAUCUCACAAAGAUAAGCCUUUGUUUCAAGUUCAAGAUUUGGGGCUGAAUUGUAAAGAGAAAUUAACUGCAUCAAAACGCAAAAUGACACUUGAAUCAAACAGAGAUCUUGCUCCUUUCAUCCCCUCAAAGAUUCCCAGAGUUAUUCCUGUUGAGAAGUUGGCAACAUUCAAGCAACCUGGAUCGCUUGAUAAGUUUAGACAAACAUACAGCAAGUCUGUUAAUAUGAAAUUUCAGCAUCAUCAGCCACAGAAUGACACUCAUUUAUUCCAGACAUCAAGCUUUGCUAAAAAUCCUCAUAGUUUGUCUGCUUUUCAAGAAAAUAAUCAAGAUCAAGUUUCAGACUCUCGAGAAGAAGGGAUAGAACAGACCAUCUCCCUAAACCCAGCAACACUCACAGCUAAUCACAGAAAAAGUAAAAUAUCUUUGGCAGCUAAACUUUGUCAUUUAAAACAGCAUUUGACAGAAGAUGAAGAACCCUUGCAGCACACUCAUAGGAAUAUUUCAGAGGACAAAACCAGUCUUACUUUUCCUACAGAUGGUACGCAAUACAGAAUCAGCUGUCAGAAUCCACAAAACCAUAAAGUUCCCAUUGACCCUUCAUUGGACAGCAGUUGUAAACAACUGGCUGGUGAUGAGGGUGACUCGAGGUGUAAUGACUGGCUCCAUCAUUAUGAUGCAUCUAUUGGAAAAACUGUUUAUAUCAACAAAAAGACUGGCCUCAGCAGAUACAAGGAGCCAGCUUCAGAGGAAACACAAGUACCUUGUACAUCUGAUGUCUCCAACAUGGCUGUUAGUGUCAUCUCUGAGAUGGGUGUGGAAUGCAUGUGUUACCCAUUUCAACUGGAUUUAGUGUUGCCUUUCCUGCCUAAAUCCGGGCAAGGAAGAGUCAUUAGCUCAGGGACUGACUGUAGAGAUGACGCUGAUCAGAGCGCCAACUCUCUUUCUGCAUUGUACUCUAAAUGGAAAAAUCCGGUGUUUGUCCGCCCACCUACAGUUGGUGUGGAUAUAUCCAGCGGACAAGCUGAUGGACUAGCUGUGAAGAUCCAUAACAUCCUCUUUCCAUACCGCUUUUCUAAGAAUAUGAUUCACUCAAUGAAGGUUGUUAAUCAAGUGGAUAAAAAGUUUCUUGCCUGCCUCAUUAAUGCAAGAGAAGGAGGUUCAGCAGUACAGACUGAAAAUAAAGUCACAGGAAACCUUCUGGUGUUGGUGGAUCAACAUGCAGCACAUGAGAGAGUUCGACUUGAAAAUUUAGUUGCAGAUUCAUAUGAAGAUGACCCAGAUGCCUGCGGGAAGAAACGUCUUUGUUCAUCAACCAUUUUACCACCUUUGGGAAUCAGCGUGACUGAAGAGGAGCUCAGGCUACUUAGGUCUUCUCAGCCACAGUGGAGGAAUUUGGGCCUUGAAGUUACUUUCUCAAAGACAGGAGCUCCGCAGGUGUUUGUGGGAAAGGUACCCCUGUGCUUCAUGGAAAAAGAGAGUAAUGAGCUCAGGCGGGGCAGACCGUCUGUCAUCAAGCCGGUUGUUGAGGAGUAUCUUCGAGAGCAGACUGAGCUACUCCGUCUAACAGGCAGAGUCGGAGGAACUUUGCCCCUUACUGUUUUGAAAGUACUUGCCUCAUUGGCGUGUCAUGGUGCCAUCAAGUUUAAUGACACUCUAAGCCGGGAUGAGUGCCGCAGCCUGGUCGCAUCCUUGUCUUCAUGCCAGCUGCCCUUCCAGUGCGCCCAUGGCCGUCCCUCCAUUGUUCCGCUAGUAGAUAUCCUUCAUCUGGACAAGGACCAGAAGGAUUUUCAGAAACCCAACCUGCAGAAGCUAAGAAGAAUGUAUAGAGCAUGGGAGCUGUAUGGAAAUAAAUAAAAAAGGUGUGCUUUAAACAUGUACCUUACUGCAAAUAUAAAAGCUUUAAUAGAGUUCAAACCUGGUACAUGAUAAAGUAAUAAGUUCUAUAUCUAAGUCUGUUUGAUAACUAUAUGGCAAAAAGUAGAUAUAACAAUAAAUUUAAAUGUAAUGCAUCAUAAAUGCACACUACUGUUGCACCGUAGUGAAUCAUCUCUCCAUGUUGGAAAAGUUUAGUAAUAGCAAAGAACACUUUGCUCAAUAUGUUUUUCAUAUGAAUAAGCAAAUAAAAAAACAAAACAAUAUAAUGAACAGCAAAAACAUUCUAAUCCUUGCAGUUUUUAAAAUUUUAUGUGACAGACCAAUGCAAAGUGGGGACCAAUUGUCAAGUGGAAGGAAAGUGAUGCAUGGCUUUGAUUUUCUUUUCUUUUUUUUUUACAAAUAAAAAUCUGAACUGUGUGGUAUGCAUAUGUAUUCCACCACUAAUGCAUUAUUUCCAGAAGUCAAAAAAAUGAGGAAGACAAAGAUUUAAAGGUUUGUCUCCACCAGCUUUGCACAUCUAGAGAUAGAAAUUUUGCCUGUUCUUUGCUAAGCGAUUUAAGCAAGUCUUUCACCUUGGAUUGUACAGUGUUCAAAACUUUGGAUAUUUUUCUUUAACUUGAACUUUCCUUGGGGUGGGGAAGUUCAAGUUAAUGAAAAACAAGCUGAGGAGAUCUUUACUGAACAGCUACUGCUAUACUGAGGUUCAAUUACACACGGAUGGCAUUUAUUUACUAAUUAACUGACUUCUGAUUUUAGGGAGGGGUGUCAGAACAAAGGGGGUGAACACAAAUUCAUGCCACACUUUUAAGAUAUACUUUGUGUUGGCUUAUCACUCAGCUUCCCAAGACCUACGGUGAAGUUAGUAGUUAUACUGUGACAAACUGUGUUCUCAAUAGUUGUGCAAAUCACUACCAUGGUGCAACACUUGUGAUGGGGAGAAAAAUAAAAAGAAGCUCCAAUCGUUUUCAAUGUCCUAGUGGAAAAUGUCCUUGAGAUUUUCGUGGCUGAGGCAUCCGGCCACGAAAAUCUUAGAGAUGCAGAUGUAACGAUGGGAGGAAAGGAUGUUGCUGCUCCAAGAGAUCCUCCACUUCUAAGUCAUCCUCCUCAGUUCCGGGUCAUGUCACAUGACUUCACAGCCCCCACAAAAAGUACAAGGUCCCGGCUAGAUUGGAUCCGUAAUUUGGACAAAGUGGGCACGACGCUUUGCUGUGAUUUGCGGUCAGGGGUAAAACGGUGUCUGGGAUUGGUAGAGUCGGUCUGUCCUUACCACCGAUGUCCUCCAUUGAUUUCAUUUUAUCUGCGAUGUAAAGUUGGAAGAUAUUGCAUUUUUUUUUAAAAACAUUUCUUAAAAAUAUGUACUAUUUUAUUAAGACGAAAGAGGCAACGCAGAACCGUGUAAUGUAGCGAUGACGUGCAUAAUUUCUGCCGCUAAAAAAUAAAUAUAUUUUUGGAAAAUCGUACAAAAAUACAUCAUCUGGCUGCAUCUGUUCCACUUGGUCACUGCAAAACAUAUAAUUAAAUGAAUGCACGACCCUUCAUUGCGUGGGAAUUAUUGGUGUAAUUACGUCUCUAACUGCAUAUGGCCGAUAUUAUAAUUAUUUUCGCGAUGAAUUCGUAUUUUGCCUUUGCCGUCUGCUAAAUGUCAAAGUGAUGCUCCUUUUUUCUAAGUAUGUAGGCCUGUGUGUUUGAGUCCGCCA